UGUCUGACCAACUAACAAUGACAUGUGCCAUGUCUUUGUUUUGUGUAGCGCCCCUCCCUGCAGUACUAUGGCUCGUCGUUUAUCAUGUUUGAGGCCAGUACCAUUUUCCUCAACAUCAACUGGUGGCUCGACAAGCUGGGCAUGACCGGCAGCCGCCUGCAGUUCUACAACGCGUCGAUUCUGCUGUUCCUGUACCUGACCGUACGCCUGAUCUUUGGUACCUACAUGUCAUACCAGAUGUUUGAGGAUCUGAAGGCCAACGGCACCCAGACCUCGGCUUCGCUGUACUACUUCUACCGCGUCAGCAAUUCGUCCGUGUUGCUGCUCAGCUACUACUGGUUCUACCUGAUGAUCAACGCUGUCCGGAAACGCUUCACACCGGCCACCGCUGAUAAAGGCAAAGAAGACCCAAUGAAGAGUAUGUGUGGCUGCUUCUAUCAGUUUAAUGAUUCUUUUAUGUCGUCCUUGAUUAUAUCAUGACUGCCGCUUUCUUAUCGAUGAUACCGAGUGUUUCAGUUGCACCUAUGGCCACCAGGAUACUGAGUGAGCGCCCCAAACCAUCAUACAAAUACUGCUCCUGCCCACCUCCUCUAUUUCACAUCUGCAAUCCCAGCAAAGGCAAUAGAGGUGCUCGCAUCGCUUAUACGUAUAAUAAAAUACUAACAUUGCAUAUGCGUGUGGCGGUGGCAGCAAGGAGGUGUCAAUAAUACGCGUUACGGCUUAUGCGCGUUAA